AUGGAAUAUCAAUUAAUUCCAAUACCAGGCGAUGGAAAUUGUUUAUUUCGUUCCGUGUCACAUUUAAUAUUCGGCACGCAAGAAGAACAUCGAAGUAUUCGAUUAAGAGUGGUUAACUUGGUGGUAAAUAAUUGGGAUGUGUACAAAGAAUUUGUCAUUGGUGAUCUUUCGUAUAGACUACCUAUUUAUAAUUCUAAUGAUUACGAACAGUUGAUGAGCCUAAAUGGCGAGUAUGCUGGUCACGUCGAACUUGAAUGCAUUAGUCGACUUUAUUCAAAUCAUACAUUUCGUGUGUAUAGAUCUAAUGAUCUUAAUGAAUUUGUAGAUUAUGGUUCUGGUGUUACAAUGUUCCUACCUAAAGAAAUAACUGCAAACACUAAUAAUAAGCGUAAAACACAUUCUUUAACUGGUAGACGAGAAAGAAAAAAACAUAAAGAAACCCGGAAUCACAGUGUAUUAUUGUUUAAAUUAUUUUAUAAAUGCGCUUUAUCACAUAAUAUAGUUCACGUUACUCCCUAUAAUUUGGGUGAUUUAACAUUUAAAUGCGAGCAUUGUCAUUCGUUGCACUUUGAGUGUGAAAAAACGACAAGAGGGCAUUUCAGUUUAUGUUGUGGUAAUGGCAAAAUAUCUUUACCGGAGAGCCGUUUGCCUAAUGAAAUAUUUGAUUUGUUUGUUGGUGAAAAUGAUGAGUCCAAACAUUUUAGAGAACAUAUACGUCAAUAUAACAGUGCGAUGUCAUUUGUCUCUUUUGGUUCUCACAUAACAUUACCAUCGGGGUAUGGGCCUUAUUGUUUUAAAAUACAUGGUGAUAUAUAUCAUCGUAUUAGUUCCCUUUAUCCUAGCUCAGGCCAAAAUCCAUCGUAUGGUCAAUUAUAUAUUUUAGACUUUGCUGAAGCAAACAAAGUUAGAUUAAACAAAUCACAAAAUAUAUUACUUAAAAGUUAUAUACUUGAUAAAUUACACAAUGUAUUAUCUAACAUAAAUCCAUAUGCUAAAUCGUACAAACAAAUGCAUGAACUAACGGUUCAUGGUGGGAGUUCAACUACUAUUAAUAUGAUUAUGCGAUUUUAUCAUGAACCUAGAGAAGAUAUCCGUAGGUACAACGACCCAACAGUUUCUAAAAUCGCAGCAGUAUUUGAAUCUUCAGAUGGCGCACCUCCUUCACAUAGACAAAUAUCAGUUUACCCAAAAAAAGGAGAUAUACAAAGAAUUGAUUACGACAGCAUGCACUGUGACCCUAUGACUUACGUUUUAAUAUGGCCGUACGGAGAACCAGGCUGGUAUAUAAAUAUGCAAUAUAAUGGUAAACGUAAAACUGCCAAAAGAUGCAACAUUUCCAUGCGUGAAUAUAUAUGUUUUUUCCCACCGUACCCCGGCAGCGACGGGUAA